GGCGUAGUGAGUGCAACCCCCCCGUAGGCGGCCUCUCGGCACAAUUACGACACUGCACGCAGUUGGUCAACCGCUGCUGCGCGAGGAGAUCGCUGGCGUUUGUGCCACACAGCGCAGCAGCUCUGCGGCAGCUCGCACUGCUGCCCAGGAUGGCCACGACGCGCCUCCACGUUGCCGGCCUCGCGCCUAACACGAGCGCUGACGACCUCCGCCAAUUGUUUUCCGGCGUGGCGCGCGUCGCCAAGGCGACGAUCCCGCCGCCGCGGGACCCGCAGCUGCCGCGCGGCUACGCGUUCGUAGAAGUGAACGCCGCGGACGCCGACGCCUGCGUCGCGGCCUACGACAACGCGACGUGGCGGGGCGGCCGCAAGCUCGCCGUCGCGCGGGCGCGGCCCGACUUCAAGCGACGGCGCGAGCUCGAGCGUGACGACGAGGAGGCGGCGCUGGCAAAGUCCGCCGACGCGCGGGCCGACCGGUUGCGGCGGCGCCGCGUCGUCGUGCGGCCGCCGCCGGCGCGCCGCGCGCCCUGCUUCCGCGGGCGUGUGUCGACGCGCUUCGCUAAUAUAGAGCCGGCGCCGCUCGCGGCCCUCGACUGGGGCGCCGUGCCGCGGCCGGUGCCACGGGCGCGGUCGCCGCGGACGGUCACGUCAACACCGCUUCCGCCGGAGGAGUCCGAGUCCGAGUCGGACGGCGGCGCGGCGACCGCGCUCGCGGCGCCGGCGUCGCCGGCGUCGCCGGAGGCGCCGGAAUCCUCCGAGUCGGAGUCUGACGGCGGCGCGCCGGCGCUGCGCGCUUCCCCGCCAGCGCCGGCGCCGCGGGCGGAUUCGGACGACGACGGCGGCCCAGUCGACUUCGAGGCCGAACGGCGCCAGGCGCAGCGCAUCUUCGAAGAGCUCCUGGCGCCCGCGGCGCCCGCAGCGCCCGACGAUGUCGCAGCGCUGCGAGCGCGCGUCGAGGCUGAGCGACGCCGCGUGACCGCGCUUCGCGAGGCCGACGACGGUGACAGCUCGGAGAGCGAGAGCUCCGAGAGCGACGGCGAUGGCGCGGGGCCCGAUGCCGUCGCGGCGCUGCGCGCACGCGUCGAGGAGGAGCGGCGCCGCGUGGCUGCUCUCCGCGAGGACGAGGACAGCUCCGAGAGUGAGAGCUCGGAGAGCGACGGCGACGCUGCUCGCGAAUCUGACCCUCUGGAGACGGAGAGCGAGAGCGACGACGGCGCGGCUCGUGAAGCUGAUGCCCCGGCAGCGAUGGAAGAGAGCGAAAGCGAAAGCAGCGGCGCGGCGCCGGCACCUCCAUACGCACGCUCGGCGGCCGCGGCAGCAAGACUUGCGAGGAGAGGCGAGGAGCGCGACAGCGACACGGACGAGUCCGACGCGCCCCCGGAACGGGCCGAGAGCGAGAGCGGCGACGGCGCGGUCGCCACGGCCGACGACGCCGCCUGGGAAGAUGCCCUCACCGCCGCCGCGGCGCCACCGCCCAUGCGUGCCGCGAGCGCGAGCGACGACGACGACGCUGCCGACGAAGACGAGGAGCCCGCCGAGCCGCCCGCCGCCGCCCCCGCACCGAGCACGUUCAGCUUCGGCUUCGGGCAAGCGGAAGAGCCCGCACAGCCCUCGGAUGGCGGGACCGUCCUGCCGGGCACGGCGUCGUGGCGCGCCUUGCGCGACAUCUUCUCGAGCACGAAGAAGAAGGAGUUCGUCGGGUCGGACGGAACGUCCGUCGCGCUGCCCUUCGCGGCGGCCGGCGGCGCGGUCGCGCAUAGCUUCGGGUUCGACGCCGAGGUAGAGGCGGUGGCGGAGGAGGAGGCGCCGGCGCCGGCGACCAAGGGCACGACGGGCCUCUGGGCCGGACUCGACAAAGCGCAGGCGUUGUCGCUGGCGUCGCUCCGCGCGGCCCAGGCCGAUUCCGCAAAAUUAGAUGCGGCCUGGGAGGCCGAGAAGGACGGCCUGCAGCAGGCCUACAAGAAGGCCCACAAGAAGGCGGCCGCGCGGAAGCGGCGGCGACUAGGCGAGAAAUAA